CACUUUCUCUAUCCUCUCACGCCCACUCUCUCUCUCUCUCUCCUCGCCAUUUCCAUUUUCGGUUUUUCUUUUCCUUUCCCGUUUUCAGUCAACUCGAUAGAUACUUUAUAGAAACAGAUACAAGAGAGAGAAAGAAGAGAGAGAGAGAGAGAAAAAAAAAAUAUCCUCAUUUUUUCCUUUCUGCAAAUCACAGAAGAGAGAGAGAGAGAGAGAGAGAAAGCGCAAGGGUUUGCGAUUUGAAGAAGAAUCGUUGAGAGGAAUAAGAAAAUGAGAGAAAUAAUAAGCAUACAUAUAGGUCAAGCUGGGAUUCAGGUCGGGAAUUCAUGCUGGGAGCUUUAUUGCCUCGAGCAUGGCAUUCAGCCCGAUGGCGUAAUGCCUAGCGAUAACUCUGUGGGAGUAGCACACGAUGCGUUCAAUACGUUCUUUAGUGAAACCGGGUCAGGAAAGCAUGUUCCAAGAGCUAUAUUUGUUGAUCUUGAACCCACUGUUAUCGAUGAAGUUAGAACAGGAACUUACCGCCAGCUUUUCCACCCCGAACAGCUUAUUUCCGGAAAGGAAGAUGCUGCCAACAACUUCGCCAGAGGCCAUUAUACAGUGGGAAAGGAGAUUGUGGAUCUAUGUUUGGAUAGAGUUAGGAAGUUGGCUGAUAACUGCACCGGUUUGCAAGGGUUUUUGGUCUUUAGUGCUGUAGGCGGUGGUACAGGUUCUGGAUUGGGUUCCUUGCUACUCGAACGGCUUUCUGUUGAUUAUGGAAAAAAGUCAAAGCUCGGUUUCACCAUCUAUCCUUCUCCACAGGUUUCCACUGCAGUUGUUGAGCCUUACAACAGUGUUCUUUCAACACACUCCCUUCUCGAACACACAGAUGUUUCGGUUCUUUUGGACAACGAAGCUAUUUACGAUAUUUGCCGGAGGUCUUUAGAUAUCGAGAGGCCCACGUAUACCAAUUUGAACCGUUUGAUUUCUCAAAUCAUUUCUUCACUAACUACUUCACUAAGGUUUGAUGGAGCCAUAAAUGUAGAUAUUACAGAGUUCCAGACCAACCUUGUACCAUAUCCACGUAUCCAUUUCAUGCUCUCGUCAUACGCCCCUGUGAUCUCAGCUGCAAAAGCGUACCACGAGCAAUUAUCGGUACCUGAAAUUACGAAUGCAGUGUUUGAGCCAUCGAGUAUGAUGGCGAAGUGCGAUCCGAGACAUGGGAAAUACAUGGCUUGUUGUUUGAUGUACCGUGGAGAUGUUGUACCUAAGGAUGUCAAUGCUGCUGUUGGAACCAUCAAAACCAAAAGGACUGUUCAGUUUGUUGACUGGUGCCCAACUGGCUUUAAGUGUGGAAUUAACUAUCAACCUCCGACAGUUGUACCUGGUGGUGAUCUUGCUAAAGUACAACGAGCUGUGUGCAUGAUCAGCAAUAACACUGCUGUUGCAGAAGUGUUUUCGCGUAUUGAUCACAAAUUCGAUCUCAUGUACGCUAAAAGGGCGUUUGUUCAUUGGUAUGUCGGUGAGGGAAUGGAAGAGGGUGAGUUUAGCGAAGCCCGUGAAGAUUUGGCUGCUCUCGAAAAAGAUUACGAAGAAGUUGGUGCAGAGGGUGUUGAUGAAGAAGAGGAAGGUGAAGACUAUUAAAUGUAAUUGGCAUUUUCUUUUUUCAAUAUUUUUACCAUCAUAUUGCAAGGGUUGCCUUCUAUUCUUACCUUAAUUUGUGUAUUAUCGUCGUUUACGGAUUGCUUGUGUGUGUGUUUUUUUCCUUUUGUAAGAAAAAACUUGUGUUUAUUCCUGAGUGUUGAAAGUUUCUAUUAAUGAUAUCAUAGAAUGUGUUGAUU